AUGCGCGUGUGGGAGGGCGCUUGUGCCACCAGUGUGCCACACCGCGUGGUGAUGGGACCAAGACCCAUCUGCGUGGGCAUGAUCCAUGGCCUCCACCCAGCGGGCUGGGGGCUCAGGCCCGUGCCACGACCUCCGGCGAAGCGGGGAGAAUCCGGCUGGGCUGACAGAGACGCCACACCGCGCCAGGGGAGUGGGCGCGCUUUCGGGGCGGGGGGCGGAGCGCGCUGCGGCUACGAGCGCUCCUCUCGGUCGGCCAGGCGAGCGAGGGGGUGGCCGCCUUCGCCCCCACCUCGGCGGCCGCAUGCUGUUGGGUUGGUUCCCCCGCCCGCCAAGCUACGGCUGCGGGCAACCAACGAACGCCGCCCCACCCCUCGCCCUCUCCGAGCCCGGCGAAGCGGGUGGGCGGGGCCCAACGGAGGGGGCGGUGGCCCCCAACCCGAGAACGCGGGAGGAGCUAAGCGCAAGGCGGGAGGCGGCGGCCACCGCGUUCAGUCCGGCAGCUCAGCGGGAGGGAAGUACGAGGCCGAAGCCGGCUGCUGGGCUCCGCAGCGCAAGCAGCGCAGCGCGGCGCCCGGGCUCCGCCCGGGCGGGCCCGGCAUGCCGGGCCCCCCCGGGCCUCCAGGGGAUCGGGGCCCUCCGGGUCCUGUGGGACCGCCCGGGGAAAAGGGUGAGCCAGGCAAGCCUGGUCCUCCUGGCCUGCCGGGGUCAGGAGGCAGCGGCGCCAUCAGCACGGCCACCUAUACCACGGUGCCACGCGUGGCCUUCUAUGCCGGCCUCAAGAACCCUCAUGAGGGUUACGAGGUGCUCAAGUUUGACGACGUGGUCACCAACCUAGGCAACAACUACGAUGCGGCCAGCGGCAAGUUUACAUGCAACAUUCCUGGCACCUACUUUUUCACCUACCACGUCCUCAUGCGCGGCGGCGACGGCACCAGUAUGUGGGCGGACCUCUGCAAGAACGGCCAGGUACGGGCCAGCGCCAUCGCCCAGGAUGCAGACCAGAACUACGACUAUGCCAGCAACAGCGUGAUCCUGCACCUGGACGCAGGCGAUGAGGUCUUCAUUAAGCUGGAUGGAGGCAAAGCGCACGGUGGCAACAGCAACAAAUACAGCACUUUCUCUGGCUUCAUCAUCUAUUCAGACUGAACCCCUGCACCCCUUUCCAUCAGUUGCUCUUCAUCCCUGGGGCUCCCCUCUCUGGAGAGGCAAAUGAGAACCCAUUCCCUACUCAUUUUCAAAUUGCCUGGCCCAGACUGCCAACCCUCCCAGGCUGAAUCGCCCCCAGCCCGCCUCCAACCACCCAGUCCAGGCCUUUACUCCUUGGAGCGCUAAAUCCCCUCUCUGGCUCCCCCCCUCCCCGCACGCAGUUCCGGCCCGGGUGGCAGGUCGCCUUCCUGGUCCCAGCCUGCACUGUAUAUGUGUACAAUAGGACUGUUUACUGCCCACCCCGUCCUGCCAGCCAGCCCCAGUCUGGGGGGCGGGGAGUUGGCGCUGUUGCUUCCUGCGGAGUGACCCCGCCUCGGGGAGAAGCGGGUUAGGGGCUGGAUAACUUCCCAGCACCCACAAAACCCUGGAACAGCUGCAACUGGUCUGACCAA